UUAAGCUCUCAAACCUCCAUCCACACAACAUCAUCGAUUGUUUGGUGAACUGAAAUGCGGCUUUGAACUUGACGGUGACAGAAUAAACAACAUCGACUCACAAGACAGAUCUCCAAGGACAUCUUCUGUAUCGAAUUCACCAAGAUCUACCGUCAAAAUGACUUCCGGAACCCCCAUGUCAAACCUCGCCGUGAACAACUUGUUCAAUGUCAACGGCAUCGUUGCAGUCAUCACCGGAGGCGGAACAGGCAUCGGCCUUAUGAUGGCCAGAGCCCUUGCCGCCAAUGGUGCUAAGCGAGUCUACAUCCUCGGCCGUCGUGCCGAUGUUCUUUCCGCCGCCGUCCGAGCUAACCCCGAGGGAGGCAUCAUCGUCGCCAUCAUCUGCGAUGUCACUGAUAAGGACGCCCUCCAAAAGUGCGUCGACAAGAUCACGAACGAUGUCGGCUACAUCAAUCUCUUUGUCGCCAACUCGGGCGUCCUGGGUCCUGCCAACAAGUGGGAUACUAGCCUCCCUCUCUCCGAAGUCCGCAAGAACCUGUUCACCAACUACCAGAUGGAGGAGAUGACCAGUGCCCUUCACACCAACGUCACCGGCGCCUUCUUUUCGAUGGUCGCCUUCCUUGAGUUGCUGGAGGCGGGCAACAAGAACGCUGUCGAGAAGGGAGGAUUUGGCAAGCCGGUGGUAGCCGGGAGUAAUGUCCCGUCUGUUCAGAGCCAGAUCAUCGUGACAGCUAGUAUUGCGGGAUUCAGCCGGAAGACGGUAUCGACGCCGGCAUAUGGAAGUAGCAAGGCUGCGAUGAUCUAUUUAACCAAGCAGGCCAGUUCUGCCUUGGCUCCCUAUGGCAUUCGGGCGAAUGCGUUGGCUCCGGGGUUAUUCCCUUCCGAGCUCGCCGCCGGACUCAUCGGUAACCGUGAUCCCGGGACCGAGUCCUUUGAAAGUCCGCAUUUUAUCCCUGUUAGGAAGUUUGGUGGUGAGGAAGAGAUGGCUGGCACCGUCCUGUAUCUUGCGAGCCGUGCCGGAAGCUUCUGCAACGGUCUGAUUCUUGUUAACGAUGGUGGGCGGUUGUCGGUUAUGCCGUCCUCGUACUGAGGUACAGCGAUGAGGAUAACUCAAGUUGCCAAGCCAAGUUCAAGCAAUCAAGCAAAUAUAAUCAAUUAAUUCGAGGUCCCCCG